AUGGGUUUUGGAAGUCUGUUAAAAAUGGAAAUCACAGAUAUACCACUGAAGCUGGGAUUUUAUAUUCUUCAAGAAUUUGAUUAUGAGAGAAUGGUGAUAGAUGUUGAAGAAAUGGAACUGAAAGUAACAACAGAGUCUGUUCAUGACAUGUUGGGCAUUACAACUGGUGGAACCAUACUUACACAACUGGAUCAAUGGCCUAAAGAUGAUACAAAUUAUGAUGAAUGGAAGCAACAAUUUAAAGAUGGAGCAAUCAUCCGACUGAAUGCAAUCAAAAAAGUUAUUGUUUGUACCACAAAAGUUGAUUUCAAUUUCAAAUUGAACUUCUUAGUUCUUUUUGUCAACACGUUUUAUGAAGGAGAUACAGAUCUCGAAGACAGUGAUUCUGAUAAAGAUGAAGAUGAUACUGUUGAGGCAUAUGAAUCAAAAUUAUCUAAAAUGCUUAAUAGUUUUGAGUGGAUGAAGGAAAAGCUGAAUUCAAAACUCAAUGAUGCGAUAACAAAGUUCCCUGAAUAG